GGUCUGUUUGCUGAGGAAUUAACAAAUCGGCUUCGGUGGUCAGUCCUGGAUACACCCACAGCGCAGAUUGUCGAAUUGGACAACACGGGAAGGCCCCAGUGGCGGCCUCUGCUCGGUGCUCCAAACUAUGCGCUCGCUGAAGAACCUAUCCCCCAGCCGCCCCGUUCCCACAUGCUCGUCGCUUUUAAUGUCGUGUAUCGCGCAGAUGAUUGGUUUCGUGUAGAUGCACUAGACGAACGGCCCGCACCCUUGGCGAUUGAAAAUGCGUGA